AUGAUCUCUUCUACAGUACACCAAAUGGCCAAACUUGACCAUCACACCUAUGAGUUUGUCAGACAUCCCAUUCCAAAACUAGGGCCAUUAAUAUGGAGUUGCCCCUCUUUGUGGCUAUAAUGUCCUCCACUCUUCUGGCCAGCAGACUUUACAGAAUUUUGGAGCAUGUCUCUGUGGAUAUGGGCUCAUUCAGAUGUUGGACAAGAAGGUCUGUCUCAUCGAGGUGUUCAGUGGGGUUGAGGUCAGGGAUCUGUGCAGGCCACAGUUGUGUAAAAUAUGUUUGUAUCCUGUAGCAUUAACAUUCCCCCUUCACUAGAACUAAGGGCCCAAACCCUGAAAAACAGCCCCAGGCCAUUAUCUCCUCUCCACCACACUUAACUGUAUGAACGUUGCAUUCUCCUGGUGUUCUCCUGGUGUUCUGGCACCCACCAGACUGACAGAUAGUGAAGCGUGAUUCAUUGCUCCACAGUCCAAUGUCUGUGAUCUCAAUCAUUAACUCAAUCAACACCUGUACUCAAUCAUCAGCAGGGUGUCCACAUACUUUUGGCUAUAUAAUGUACGUUAAUUUUGCAGCUGAGUAAAGCAUGACUAGACCCAGAUCUUUUAAAUUUGAUAAAUAUCUGUUUAUGUGGUGUCCAGUUCUAUACAGUAAUGAACAUUUUCUUCUGGAAGUAUUAGCACCAUGUCCUCUUGGUUUCCCUUCUGUUUUUGCUGCCAUGUCUGUUGUCUUUUUGUCCCCCCCAGCCUGUCACUCACUCAUCCCAGCAUUCUCAGUACUCCUCAUUCACCCAGAACAUGCUCUUUUCCCUCAGCAACACAUCAUCAGACCCCAUGUCCACCUGUCAUUGUCCACCUGAUCCCUCCAGUCCAUCUCGGUUUUCUCGUCUCUUUAAGUUACCAUGUGAAAUCCAUUAUGGGAUUUGGAACACCGUUGGUGUUUGUUCCUGUGGUUUUGUAGGAUGGUGUAGAGGAAAAUAUACAUCUCCCAUAACUCUGUCAUUAUGCACAGAAGGGCUGGACAGCAAGUUUGGGGUUGAAUGAACAGUUUUGGUACAUGGCUCCCUUACCUGUAAAUACCUGCUUUCUGUUCCUGUGACCUAUAAAACCCAACACUGUCUCUACAUGUCUUAUGUUUAAGAUUUUAAAUAAAAAGUACUGUUUUGGAUGUGUUAACCCUUUACAGGUUUUUACCCAUGAAAUGUGCAUUCCCCAAAGAACAUGUGUGAGUUUUAUCUAACAGGAUAAAAAGGGUUUUAUUUAACAGGUUAAGGGUUGCAUUAAAGCAUUAAAACACAGUUACAGUUAGCUAGCUAGCCAGCUCAAGUAAAACUAUGGUUUAAAAAAACAAUCCUUUAUAAGAUUUUAAAUAAAAAGAAAGACUCUGGGGGCUUAAUGUAUUUGUUUAUCAUAUUCUGGAGGAAAUUUUACUUGAUUAUUUGAUAUAAAAUACCUCAGAAAUGUGUUUAUCAUGACCAAACCACUUUAUUUUGUUUCUGUGGUUACAGUGAUUGUGUUUAAAGCAUAUAUUUGGUCGCUAAAUAAAAUGACCUUAAUAAGACUACUUCAUUCAGCCUUUAUAAGUUUUUUCUGAGGUAAAAAGUUUUUCGUUUGUUUUACCUCAGCCCCUAGCCACUGUCCGUAGUUGCCAUGGAGAUGGUUAGUUAAAGUGCUAACGGUUUUUCUUCAUAUAUUUGCAGCUAAGCUAGCUGUGCUAACUAAUUUAAAAUAAUAAACGUUUUACCCAUAAUUUUGUUUUAAUGUGUAAUUUCAAAUCAUCGUUGUUCUUUCUACAGGGUUUAUGUAUGUAUUCAUGCUUGUGUAUUACAGAUUAUUUGUGUAUUGUGGUUUAUGUCUAGCUAGUUUUCAUGGGUCAACAAAGGCUUUUUUGUGUAACUUACUAACAGAAAAUUUUAUUAAAUAUGAACACGUUAUGUUUUAAAUUUAAUCCUAAUGAAUUGAUGUGUUAAACAAGAAUAAUGUACAGAGAACGGGAGCUAAUUUAUUGUUAGUAUCCACUGACAUUCUGUACCUCAGAUCAUAAGUAGAAAGCUUAUUCAUUCUGUUUAUUUUAAAUAUCACAGAGUAGAAUCACUUGGCCAGUGUGAUAUUGUGUAUUUUUAUAUAAUUUAUUUUUGGAUAUAAGAAAGUAAAUAAAUAAAUGAAAGGAAGUGGUCUGUCUCAGGGACUGCUCACACCUGACUGCAGCGCCAUAGUGCCUAGUGCAGUCUCCAGUGGUGGGCGUAGCUAAGAUCAUCUCUUCGGAAGUGGGCGUGGUAUGAAGCUCACCUGGCGCGGCAUUGGUCAUGGUUUCCCCGGAAGUAGGAGUGGCUUGCCUUUAGCUCUCGGUUUUGUGUGCACUUGUUGUACAGAUACCAGAGUGAAGAAAUUACAAAGAAAAUAUAAAUAAAUAAACAAACACUCUGUGAUAUUAUCUGCGUGCUCCAGAGAGUUUGUGAUUAAAUGGUGAGGAGAAAUGUCCUGGCUUUAAUGUGUCUGGAGGGAGUUUAAACUGAUGGUGAGGUGAAGAAGUGACGUAGAGAGAAAACAAAUGUGAGGAGCAGGUGGAGGAGAGCUGUGAGAGGUGAGCAGGAUGGAUGAGAGUGAUCAGCUCCGUAACAAGCUUAUCCUGGAUGAGUUGACGGCUGAUGGCAUCAGCAUCGAGGAUGUGCAGUACUUGGCUCUGAGGGAGGAACUGGAAUCUGAUGCUCGGGAUUUUGAAGCUCCUACAUGGAGUUUAACUGUAGAUCAGCAGUAUGUGAAGAAUUUCUCUAAAGAUGCUGUUAAAAGACAAGACGUCAUCCACGAGUUGAUCCAGACGGAAGUAAACCAUGUGCGGACGCUGAAGCUCAUGCUGUUUGUGUAUAUGCGUGAGCUCCGGGAUUCGCUGCUGAUGGACAAGUCUCAGCUCGAGCGUCUCUUCCCUUAUCUGGACCGUUUACUGCACGAACAUCAGAACUUCCUGCAGAGACUGAAACACCGCCGCAGAGAGAGUCUGGAGGAAGGAAGUGACAAAAACUACUGCAUCUCUAACAUAGGAGACAUCCUCAUCACUCAGUUUUCGGAGGAUUGCAGGAGCAGGCUGCAGGACAGUUACGGUGUUUUCUGCAGUCAUCACACCGAGGCAGUGAAUUUUUACAAAGAACAACUGCAGAACAAUAAAAAGUUUCAGAAUCUGAUACGAAGAAUCGGUCAGUUGUCGAUCGUGAGGAGGCUGGGUGUUCCGGAGGGGAUUCUGCUCAUCACCCAGCGCAUCACCAAAUACCCGGUCCUGGUGGAGCGCAUCAUUAAAAACACUGAAGAGGGCACACAGGAGCAUAAAGAUCUUGUAAAUGCUCAGGAGCGCAUCAAAGACACGAUCUCCACUGUGGACACGCAGGUCCAUCAGUAUGAGCAGCUGCGGGAGAUUGCCGCUCAACUUGAACCCAAAUCCUACGGCACGACGAGCAACGGCAAGAUUUUCCGCAGAGACAAUCUGCUUCAGAAGGACAGGAGGCUGCUGAGAGAGGGCGUACUGACCUGGAAACCCCAAAACAGGUCCAAAGCGUUGGACGUCAUCUUGGUUCUGCUGCCUGAUUUACUGCUGCUGCUACAGGACAAAGAUCAGAAAUAUGUAUUCGCUCAUCUGGAUGGGAAGCCUUCUGUUCUUCCCCUGCAGAAGCUGAUUGUGAGGGAUGCAGCUCACAGUGACAAGGUGAUGUAUCUGAUCUCAGCGUCUGAUGUAAAAGCCGAUCUGUACGAGUUCCACGCCUCAACAGCUGAAGAACGAAGCAGCUGGAGACAGCAGAUAUGGGAAACUAUUGAGAAAUGUCCACAUGUGGAGGAAGAGCUCAUGGAGAAUGAUGACGUUUUUAGUGAUAAACUCCGAGAAGCUCACGACCUGCUGUGUGAGAAAGAUGCUCAGAUCGAGGAGAUCCUCAGGCAGAAGCUGCAAAUUUUUUCCAACCUGUCAGAGGUUCCCAUGGAGAACCCCACUACAGCAAGACGCCUGCUGCUGCAAGGUUCUGCUCCUGAGCUCCAGCAGGGGGAGCUGUUAAUUAACAAGGCCAUCAUACAUGCUGAGGCUUUACAGAUGCAGCUGAUGGAUGGAGAGAUGAACUUUAUUCCUCUGUCUGGAGUGAGUGAUGUUGAGCUGCGCAGAAAAUCACUAACUCUGCCUGCAUACAACAGAAUGAAAAAAAGUGCUGAUGGAUUUCGGUCCAGAGAUCAGAGACCGAACUCAGAUCCUCAUCUCAGAGACCUUUACCUUGAGCCCCUGGAGUUAUCUGCUGAUGAUGAAGACUGCUCCACUUUUCCUCCUCCAGCACACGCCUUCAGAGCUGAGUGGAUUGAGGCUGCAGAUAAACUGAUACGGACGCUGUACAGUCUGAAGGCGCUGGUGUCUCAGCAGGACAGCGAGUUGGAGGUUCUGCGUGCAGUUCAGUUGGAGCAUGAGCGUUCGUCCCGUCAGCGUUACAGCUCCAUCCAGGAUCAGGAGCGACAGCGGCACCUGGAGAAGCAGCGUGAGGAGCUCCUCCACCUGCAGAAGGUCCAUACGCAGCAGCGACAGGAGCAGGAGGAGUGGGCUCGCGAGCGUCAGCGCCAUCUGCUGGAGAUGCACAGGCGCGAGCAGGAGCUGAGCCGGCGCAUGGACGAGUACACCAACAAGGAGGCGUGGCUCUGUGCCGAGAGGGACGUCCUGCACCGCAGCCGGGAGGAGUACCAGCAGGACCUGGAGCGUCUGAGGGACAGCACUCGCAUUGUGGAGAAGGAGAAGGAGAAACUGGAGCAGGAUAUCGAGAGAUUCAGAAAACACAAGAACCUCACCAAUCUGGGCGGAGCCUCACACCUGGGCGGAGCCUCACAUCUGGGCAGAGCCUCACAUCUGGACAGCGCACAAGUACCAAAACUGGUUGUUCCAUAUUCAUCAGCUGACGAUAGGCUUGGCAGAUCUCUGGUGCAGCCCGGUCUGCCUCAGGAGCGCCCUCCAGUGGUCCCUCCUCGCAAAGAGAGCAUGAGUGUCUCGGCGAGCGUCAAAGCAGAUGUUCCCAUCCAGCUGCUGAGCACCACCAACGAGGCGCUAAAGUCCAGCAGCAUCCAGCAGCAAAUCCCAACUAAACUAGCCAUAAGCAGCGGGAAGGAGAAGAACAAGAGCAAGAACAUACAUCAUCGCAACAACAGCGCAGCCUCGAUAGAAGUUUCUGAAGUUUUUCCUAUUAAAGUGUCGGGAAAAGAAACAGGAAGUUUACGAGCAACGAAAACCACGAACCCCCACAAAUUCACUGCAGACGUUUAUCAGGAACACACUGUGAACUCGAAGCUUCCACAUUCAGCAGGAACUCGCCGAAGAUCCGCUCAGCCACAGAACCAGCAGGGAACCGCGUACAGCAACCAGGAGGACAUUCUCUUCUUUUAGUUCUUCACCGUCCAUCGUCUCUGAACCUUCACACACGACCGCUUUAAAACAACGACAACUACACACUGAAUAGAGUUUCUGUGGCUUUAAACAGAGACAGUGAAUUUUACACACCUUUAUACACAGCUGUGAGUUUUAAAAGCUGGAGAAGGAAAUGAUUUGAAUGUUUUUAAUGUUUUAUGCCCACUGUUGUUUUACAGCACUUUCUGUAAGGAAAAAAAAGUAAAUUUAUCCACAAACACAAGAAAAGUUUCAGAUCAGAUCAGUGCUGUUUCUGUAAAUAUCUGUAGAAUUUUGUGAAUAUCGUGACUCAAGUUCAGGGAAUUUAAACUUUAGAAAAUUUUUAUUUAGUAAAAAAAAAAAAAUGCUGUUAGAGGAAAAAAAUUAGCAACGUUAGCAGUUUUCAUGUUCUGUUCCUGUUCAGACUGUUAUGUUUCAGGGCUGAAAAAAUCCGAUCUGAAGAUCCAAGCUGAAGAAUUUGUACUUUUAUUAUUAUUAUUAUUUUUAAUGAUAUUUAAUGAUAUUUUCUGUUACUAAAACACCCCGAGACUUUUAAUCUUAUGUUUCAAAAAGUGCCUGCUGGAUCGAGAUGUCGUGCACCAAGGGUUUAGUAAUGACUUUUUAUUCUUUCUUUUUUACUUUUGGGGGAAAAAAUGUGACAUUUUCAAAACCAAAAACAUCUGAGUCUGAAAAAUAAAAAAGGAGAAAUUUAUCAUGUUA